AUGAUGAUUGGAAAUUUUAAUUUACGUAGAGAUCGUACCAAACGGUAUGAAAUAAUUCUGGAUUGUCUUCCUAGGUGGAGUGUCAUUCUUAUAUUGGUUCUUGUACUGUUGGUUGUGAGCAUUCUAGUCGUUGUUUCUUUAUUUGCCUCUCCAUCUGCUUCCAUUAGCAUUACGAGAAGACACUCUAACGAUAUUACCAAUCAAACUGUGGUUGGUAAUUUAACACUAACACGAGAUGUGUUUACUGGUUCUCAACCAAUUGUUGACAUUUUCGAGGAUAUCAGUGUUUAUAGCAUGGAAUUUAAAUAUACCGUUAAAUUCAAUCCGAUUGAAAAGGGAAAUAAUACAUUUGCAGGUAUUUUGAAAGACGACUUGCUCAUGAGAGGUUAUCUUUAUGGAAGAAAUUCCAAGGAUGAAGAAUGGAGGUUGAUAAAUACGAACAAGGAAGAUGAAAUCAUUACUAGAUCUCUCGCAUGCACACAAGUUGGAUAUAUUGGACCUAUUUCUUACAGUGGAUGUUGGCCAACGACAAUCUUUUAUUCGAGAGUUAUUCGAUAUUCUCAAUACAAGACAGAGCUCUAUUUCUUGAACUUGGAACAAGUACAUAAGGCCGGAUUAUUAGAAAACGUUAUUGAAACUUCUUUUGUGGCAAACAACCCAAAUUAUUCGAGUUAUGAAUUGGGCUUUAGAAUGACCUUCUCAGUUUUGGCUUUGAUUCACUGGAUUGUAUUUGUUGUGGUUGUUGCUUGGUCACAACAAUGGACAAACUGGCAUACGACUCAAAAAUGGUUAGUGGUGCUGCUAUUCCUUCAUAUUUGGUAUCACGAGCCAUUGUAUCCUGCAAUGAUGUACACAGGUUGGGAAGGUUUUCCAAUUGUUAACAUUAUUCUAAGUGUCUCAUUCGUGUAUGGAUUUUUAUUCUAUUUGCUCGUUUUCUUCCACUCUGUAUUUAAGGCACCAAAACACAGAACCUUUAUGAACUUUUACUUUACAAAGAUUGUCAUUGUUGGAGUUGCUUAUAUUUUAACAUUGAUUUUAAUGAUUUGGAGCAGAGUGUUCAACGUUGCAAAUCCAAGUUCUGUAGAUAUUUCAUCCAUUCCAGGCUAUGUUUAUCUUGUCGCUGCCAAUGUUGUGUUUUUGGUGUUGUGGGGAAUUGAUUUAGCAUACUAUAUUUUCCGUUCAAUGGGAGCCGUGCUCAAAUUGAAGCAAAAGUAUUCUGGUAGAUUUAGGGUUAUUGGGUGCUUUAGUUUCAUAGUUGCUGCAUGUUUUAUUGGAGUGACCAUAACUGCCAAUGGCUUUAGAACUGAUAUUCAAUCAUUGACCUUCUUAUUGUUGCACGGUAUUGUUUAUGUUUACUUUGCCUGUUUGUCAAUUCUUUUAUUGCCAGGACCAAGAGAAGAAAAGAAGCCUGAACCUCGCACUGUCACCAUUGAUCCAACUCAAACAGACAAUACCAAGACAGAUACGACCAACGCCAAGGCAAACAGCCCAAGAGACAAUGCAGACGACGAUGAAGUUCAAAUCACAGAUGUCGUGCUCUCCAGAAAUGAUGAUGACGAACAUGUUUAA